UUUCAUAUUUUCUUCGAGACAAACAAACGCCUGAUAUUAGCCAAGUUAUCAUGACUUUAAAAUUAGGUCAAUGAUUAGACAGUACUGUACUCUUCGUUUAAUAACAUUACAUAUGUUAAAUUAUAUUACAAAUGUACUUGUCCUAAAAGAUUUUUAGCGACUUUCCAUCUUAUCAUGUGUAUAGCAUCUCUUGUCAUAAAGAUACCAUUUAAGAUAACAGAAUACGAUAUUGUUUUACACAACGCCAUCUUGUUUCGGUUAUAGAACGUGCCAGAAGCUUUUCUUGUGCCGUUACAGAUGUGCGGUGAAAUCGACAGCUUUGGAGCGAACUAAAAAUUCCAGCUUUUGCUGAAGUAUCACUUCUUGUCGUUAAGAAAAGCAUUCGUCAAGGAAUACCUUUUUGAGACACUGGUUAACCACCACGGCACAAAAUGUCAUGGCUCUCUAUCAAACGCGUUAAUAACUAACAAGACGUGAUAUAGAGAUGCCUGAAGUACCCUUGCCAAGAGUUUAGAAAUAAGCUUAUCACAAUACUAGACAUACUAGGCGGAUUUCAGACCGGAUUCGUGACGCUUUCAUUAGCGUAUUUUAGUGGUUAUUGCUUGUUACGCACGUGCUAAUGAGAUCCACAACAAUUAAACACGGUGACAAUGGCUAACUUGGCGCCGAGAAAUUUUGACACCAGCACGGUUACGAGCUCAGCGGCGCCGUUCACGAGACACCAAGACCGCCACUUCUUUUCAAAGUAAAUUUGCUACUCAGAGAGAUGUUUCGCGACUAAGGGAAGAUUGUAAGUUUUAAACAUGUAUUCGCAUAUUAAAUUGAUUGAAAGCCAGCUGGGCGUAAAGCUAGAGACUGGGUGUAUUUUGUUUAAAAUUGAAUGGAGCGCUACCAUAAUGAAGCAGGAGCGAAAACAAGACAUGAAACUAUCUUAACAAAACCAAACAUUGGAUUUUUUCGUGGUUUACUUUAGGAAGUUAGUGCCUAUUUCCACAAUUUGACUGCACGUACUUAAAUCAUUUUCUUCCUGUUUUCCAGUACAAUGCCUACUUGCAUGUUUCUUUUUGAGUUGAGCCAACUAAAACACAAAAUAGCCGUCUUUUCGGCUUCGCUAAAGAACCCGCAGGGUUUCACUGGCGACGGGAAGGCACUUUACUGAUUAGGUCAGAUCAUUAGAUGACCAUUAAUUGUCGUUUGUUUGUCUAAUUGAUAUCUGUUAACGGUUUAAUUAUAUAAACGGUAUAUUUUACAUGAAAUGCACACGAGUGAGAAACCGCACGCAUGUCCGGUUAUCCUUUCUCAAAAUCUGCGAGGAAAGACAUGUCUUCAAAAGAAGCACAAGCACUCAUUUUCACCCGAAAUGAGUGAUGCCAACACUCCCCAAGCAAGACCUUUUCAGUUAAAGUUCUCUUCUAAAGACGAAGACGUAGAAUAUUCAGCAUUCUAUAAAAGCCGAACACGUUUAUUUUUGCGUUCUGGCUGCCAAGCUUUUUUUUUUGUUCAAACAUAACUUGAGACGACGAUUUUUUUGUUAGUCCUUCUUUUUUGGACACCGUGUCUUCAAUCAAGGCGCCGCCAAAAAGCGUCGUCGUAGAAGUUCUGACUAAGUCUGUACACGUAUUGUGGUAACUAACUAAAAGAAAGAAGCUGACGGUGACAUAUUGUUUCAAAAUUAUUUAAUUUGCCUCAAAAGGUCUUCAAAUUACUUUGCUUUUUUGGAAUUCCAAAUGCCUUCUGAUUUUGUUGACGUUCCACGCGGAUUAUUUACAUAACUUCCCAGCUUGCAACUCGCGUAUUUUAAGUACCUUUGUUGAAAUUCUGCUCGAUAAAAACUGUCUUCUCAGCUCUCUCAGAGACAUGAUUUAUGAUUUGUACUUUUCAAACAGAAAGGUGUGACACUAUGUAAUGCAUGCAGACUUCGUGGCGAAAAUUUAAUCCCCCUGGUAAAGAGUUCAUGAAAACACGAAUAUCACCCAUAUCGUCUCUACAGCCGCACAAACACAAUAUUACACGCAGCUGGGGUGUCCUUAAGUUUCUUCCCAGAAAUGUUGACUUGAAUGGUGUAGCUGCCACAGAGUGGUUAGAACUUAAUGUUAGAAAUGUACAUCGCUUCGAAAGCCUCGCAAAAUGAAGUGUUUGUUUUUUUUGUUUUUUUUGACAUAGUCGGUUCUACUCUUAGAAUUAAAGCUGACAGCGUCAAACCGCAAAGAGGAGUUUAAUGCCUAAUGCAAUGGCUAAAAAGAUAUGAAAUUAAAGUAUGUGAGAGCUGAUACCCUAAAGUUGAAAGAAACUUUAAAAUGUGGAAUCGAUUUAAGAAAGCGCGACCUUGAAAUCAUAAUACUUGGGAACCGAGCGGCAAAAUCCAAAAAUUUAUAAUAAAACGAUAAAACAUUCGACAUGCUCUUAAUUUUAAAGUGUGCCGCCGUUGAUAAAGGCGGUGGUUGCGUUUCACGUUCCCUGUUUUUUGACUUUGAUGAAUUGGGGUUGCUCUCAAAAUCUUAAGGCCAAAACUACAAGAUUGGGUUUCCCCUUUCGGUUUCGUUUGGGUCCUCUUUUAACUGUCUGGCAAUUUCAGGUGAACUAAAUUUAGUUCACUUAACUGAUAUUCCAAACUCAAAGUACAUUUGGAGGCGAUUAGAUUCAUUUUUGUUUCUUCAGCAAUUACAAAGCGGGACCGGCAGAGGUUUUGACGUGUUAAAAGGAUAACCACAUCUUUAAAACUCAAGCAGCCAAGAGUCGCAUUUCCUGCUGUACUGUGCAAUUAGUGUCCAAAGUUUAUUGGAACAAUUGUCAACGACUAAACUUCGGUAAUCCGCCGUAAUAGCCUCGUUUGAUUAUCCCAUUAGACAAUUCCACGGUUCGUGUUGUGUAAUGUAUUGUGAUACUCACUCUUUAUACAGGAAGAAUAUUUGCCCCUUUGGUUUUUAUUGAUUGGCUGGAAAUGUACCCUCGAAAGGAAUGCCAAACGCCAUCAAAGAUGAUUUAUGAAAUACGCGAGGUAUAACAGUGUUCAGUUAGAUCCGGAAUGUACAUGCGAUAACUUGAUUUCUGGAGAACGUCGGUCAGCCAUGAACGAUUCUGCAAUUUUUGCUAUUCUCUUCGCGAUCCUUGCCGUUUCGGCUGUGCCUGGAUGCAAAGGAGCGAGGCGUGGAACAGUUUCUGACACAGCAAUAAAGACAACAGCCGCCGUUAAUUCCACUCUGUUACCGCGAUGUGACAAGAAAACAAUUCACCUCGCCCAAACGACCGGAACAAUCCGCUCCCCAAACUACCCCCAAGGGUAUCAGGUAAACUCACAAUGUACUUGGCACGUGCAAGUGCCCCGUGGAUUCCGUAUCAAAGUUCGCUUUCGACGCCAAUUUGACUUGGAAGAUUCACCAGGAUGCACGAAGGACUAUGUCAUGCUGUCUACUUCAAAGCAGUUUCGCAACCCACUGAUAUACUGCGGUGGUGCAAGGCCGCAUGGAAUUAUAACACCGCAAAACGCCGUAUGGAUUCGAUUUCGUUCCGACAAUGGUACCACUGGCAAGGGAUUCUACAUUUCGUACAUGUCAAUUGACGAGAACGAAUGCAAGCGUCCAGUGUGCACAUUUCCCAGCCUGUGUAGAAACACGUACGGAGGCUACGCUUGUGACUGUCCUGAAGGAUACGCAAACAGAGGACCAAAGGACUCAGCACGCUGCGAAGACAUCGACGAAUGCAAGAUAGCAAAUGGGCGUUGUGACCACAAGUGCGUGAACACAGACGGAAGCUAUUACUGUAUGUGCAAGAGAGGCUUUAAGCAAGCGCCAGAUGGGAGAAGGUGUAGAGCAGAUAAAAAUGAGUGCACCAAGAGUAAUGGCGGCUGUUCGCACUUCUGUGUCAACUCCAGGUCCUCGUACCGCUGUGGAUGCCCAGAUGGUUACGCUCUUCAUUCCAAUAAAAAGACGUGUUAUCCAGAAAUUUCCUUCUACCAGGACCAAUAUACGGUGGCCGUGAGCGAAAAUGCACAACCUAACACAGUGGUUACUAAGGUGGAAGCAAGAACCUUUCCUCAAAAACGCAUUAUCACAUACUCUCUCCUGUCCGAGAACCUCAAGCAACCAGCAAUAUUUACAAUCAAUUUCAAAACUGGGGAAAUCAUGGUCAGUGGUAAACUCGACAUGGAUGAAAUGCGCAAUUUCUUACUUGAAGUCGAGGCUAGUUUUCAACUGCCCAACACUUCCAAUGGAGUGCAGAAUCGAUCAGCCAAAGCGUUUGUACUCAUCGACAUUCGAGAACAUCAAAGCGAAGAGUCGCUAUCUUUUACGCAAGCCUCCUAUUAUCUUAAAGUUCCUUGUAACACGUCACGCGAUACGACUGUUUAUCGUGUGCGUACUACUGAAAAAGACAACGCGGGAAACCUACGGACAAGAUAUAGAUUUCAGAGUAAGCUGGAUCACUUCUUUAUCACCAAUGGCGGGAAAAUCAAGACCCAAAGGAGUCUCCUGCUGUUCUGCUACGUCACUCCUCGAAAGUCCUUCCGAACAACAAUCGUUGCGCGAGAUACCGCGGGCAUAAAACGAAAUACGCAAGCUUCAUUACAGAUUGUGAUAAUGCCACCAGGACUGCUGUCGAAAGACAUUGCUGGCACGAUACCAGGGAGUGCUGCUAAUACAAAAGAUACAAUCACUCGGCGCCAGACCUUUCACUCCGGCGCGAAAAUUGAACAACAGAAAAGCAAUAACUUUACUGCCAAACAUCACGAGGACUAAUAACUCUGUUCCUGGAACAAUGCAUUCAUUUGCAAGACAAUGUUGUAUAGUGUAGUUUGUACAGUGUCGAAAGGAAGCUAUUGAAUGUAGAUAGUAAUAUAACUUACUUAUAUUUAGAGUAAUCCGCAAUAAAAUUGUGGAGGCAGCUGAAUAGAAUUAUAUGAAAGCUCAGCACAGCUCAUGUCAAACACGUCUUCAAGUCAACAUUUAGUGGCCGUGAGGAUGGGGACCUGGGUACAAUCCGUUAGUGCUAAGCCUGAUUGGCAUGCGCAUUCUCCUUAAAGAGUACAUGCCCAAUCAAUAAGGGUAGCUGUCUCGAUGUACGUUAGGAUCUCCAAACUGUCAUGUUAAAAAUAAUUUUGCCGCAUUGUUUGUAAAUACCACACUUCAGCUCAAUACAACUACAGAGUAGUGUCUGGCUCUAAAGAGGUGUCGAAAGGGUUAAAAGCUUUUAAUGCCAUAUAUAGAACAUUCUGAGGCAAGAUAGCACAGUGUAUGAACUCGGGCCAUUUGUUUAAGCAGACACCAUUUAAAGUGUCAAAAUACCUCCUCCGUAUUUUACAUUCGAUAUUAAAAGAUUUAUAAGUGCAUAUACAUCGUGUCUUUAUUUCGUCAGUUGUGAUCGGUACUGUGUUUGUUGUCGUGUAACUUUCGUUUGGUCCCAUGUACACGUUUUGGGAACCUGUGCAGCGCAUGGAGUCCAGACAAAUCUCGUCAAAAAAUCACCCAAAAAUUUUCAAAAUCUUACCAUUAUAUCCAAGCUUCAACUCGCGACUCAUAUCGAGUUCGCUUUUCUCCACCUUGGGAGCAAAAUUAUUCGGCUAUGGUCUUCAUCAGAGUACAAAGACUUAUUCCUUGAUCCCUUCCAUAAAGCACACACCACCAUGUUUUCAUGUUUUUGUGCGUGUACAAAUAGAGACCAUGAAGGUUGUAAACAAACCAUCAAUUUAAAAAAGUUCUCUCCCGUUCUCAAAUGAUUUUUGUUACUGUUGCAUAGUUUCAGGUUCUUUAUUUCUUUAACAGUA